CUGAUUCUGAUGACGUGUGGAGAUGGAGAAAAUGAAAGGGCAUGAGUUAUUAUUUUGCCUCAUAACAUUACUAUGUUAUACCCAUGCCGAUGAAAUAUCGACAGAACAACUCUGUGGAGAUGAAAGUUGUGAAGAAACUAUCUCAAUUGCUAGAACUAUUGGUCGCCACUCCAGUUCAGAUGACAGAUUUCUCAACUUUGAGAUUGGACGCUCCAUAAGGGUUCAGUCUAAAGGUGCAGGGGACAGACCUGACCUAUGGAGUGGAGAGUUGAAUGGAAAGAGAGGAUAUUUCCCCAAGAAUUUUGUUCAAGAAUACAAAAUAUUGAUCCAUCAACCAGAGCACAUUGUACAGACAGAGAGGGGCAUAGAAUUAGAGUUAUUGAAAGAUAAGUAUGGAGAUUCAGCAGACACAGCAGAAGACAUAAAUGAUGAGCUUGAUGACACUGAGGUGGAUGACACUGAAAUAGAAGAUGACACAGAUCCGGCCAAUGAGAAAACAGAUAGUAAUGAUGAAAUUGAAGUAGAUAACAAUGAUGAUAUUACAUUUACCAAUCAGGAAGCUGAUAACAAUGUUGUUGAAAUGAAUCAACAGGAAGGAGAUACUGCUGAUAAGGUUGAGGAACAAGUUGAUGAAGAAGAUGAUACUGAAGUGGAUGAUGAUGAAG